CAUUUCGCCCUCUCCGCUGUACACAUCGCAACGGAAACCUCCGAACGUUAGUUCUGACUUUCUCUCUCUACAACUUCAUAUAUAUAUAUACAUAUAUAUAUAUAUAUAUAUAUCACUCCUCUACAUUUCUCACCGCACACCUCUCUCUCUCUAUAUCUAUAUCUCUCUAUCUCUCCAACAUUUCCAAACCUAUUUCAGUCUAAGACCUAUUUCAUUGUGAGUUGUAGAGAGAGAUGGAGAGGUUUAUCGUUCUCUCUGCUCUGGUCCUUCUUCUCUGUCCUCUCUCUUCUGCGCAACUUCGUAUACCUUCCACUGCCAGAUAUCCGGCGAAUUUCGCCAAGAAGCUGAUCAGAGACCUCAAUUUGUUUCCCAAGGAAUCCAUCAACAUCGUCGAUCACGAUGACUCUGCUAUGGUCGGUGGUCCCAAGAUCGUUGAGAAGCGGUUUAGGUUUCCCAAUAUUGCCGAUUCUGGCGUCUCCGUUGAAGACCUAGGUCACCAUGCUGGGUACUAUAAGAUUCAGCAUUCUCAUGCCGCCAAGAUGUUUUACUUCUUCUUUGAAUCACGCAACAGCAAUAAGGAUCCUGUUGUCAUUUGGUUGACUGGAGGACCAGGUUGUAGCAGUGAGCUAGCUAUGUUCUAUGAAAAUGGACCUUUCAAUAUUGCAAAUAACAUGUCUCUUGUAUGGAACGAGUAUGGUUGGGACACGAUAUCGAACCUGCUCUAUGUUGAUCAACCUAUUGGUACCGGUUUUAGUUAUAGCUCUGAUAGACGUGACAUUCGGCACAAUGAAGAUGGUGUUAGUAAUGACCUCUAUGACUUCUUACAGGCCUUCUUUGAGGAGCAUCCCGAGUUGGCAAAGAAUGACUUCUACAUAACUGGAGAAUCAUAUGCUGGACACUAUAUUCCUGCUUUUGCUGCUCGAGUCCAUCAAGGAAACAAAGCUAAAGAAGGGAUUCAUAUUAACCUGAAGGGAUUUGCCAUCGGUAAUGGCCUUACUGAUCCGGGAGUUCAGUACAAAGCAUACACAGAUUAUGCGUUGGACAUGGGGAUUAUAAAGAAAUCUUCUUAUGAUCGUAUCAACAAGGUUCUUCCUGUGUGCGAAAUGGCGAUAAAGCUUUGUGGCACUGAUGGUACAGUCUCUUGCCUGGCUUCGUAUUUUGUUUGCAAUACCAUAUUCGCUAGCAUCAUGUCGCUUGCUGGUGACAUUAAUUAUUAUGACAUCAGGAAGAAGUGCGAAGGCAGCCUCUGCUACGACUUCUCGAACCUGGAGAAAUUUCUGAACCAGAAACCGGUUAGGGAUUCUCUUGGAGUUGGGGACAUAGAUUUCGUCUCUUGUAGCCCUACCGUGUACCAGGCCAUGCUUGUGGAUUGGAUGAGAAACCUUGAAGUGGGCAUUCCUGCUCUUCUCGAGGACGGGAUCAAGUUGCUUGUGUAUGCCGGAGAAUAUGAUCUUAUCUGCAACUGGCUUGGUAAUUCAAGAUGGGUCCAUGCCAUGGAAUGGAAUGGUCAGAAAAAGUUUGUAGAAUCUUCUGAAGUUUCUUUUGAAGUUGAUGGUUCUGAGGCAGGACUGUUAAAAAGCCAUGGGCCUCUCAGUUUUAUCAAGGUCCAUGAUGCUGGUCACAUGGUUCCCAUGGAUCAGCCAAAGGCUGCACUUGAGAUGCUAAAGCAGUGGACCGAGGACAAACUUUCUAAAGCCACGGCCGAGCCGGAAAACCUCGUUUCUUCAAUGUAAUUUCUGAAUUUGGUUUCCUCGACUUCUGUAUAUAAAAGUAAAUAUAUGCUAAAACGCUGAUCUUAGAGCUAUCUAAUGUCAAAUCAAAUAAGAACGUAUAAUAAGGUGAACUUUGGAUGCUGCUACUAUACACUUGAAGGAACCGAAGUAAACGUCUAUUUUCUGCGUGCA